UUGUUACUUCCUGAAGCUAAACAAAAAAUUGAAAUUCAUUGGCCACAUAAAUGUUCUACGUUGAGGGACGUGUGUGACGCACUUGAGUAUCUUAAUGCUCAACGAGACGAACCAAUAACACCCAAGAAAAAAUUAAUAUAUCGUGAUUUGGUUCGUCAAACAAAAAAUAUAUUAAAAAGAAUUAUAAAGGCAUGCCCAGAUGUUUGGAGGAUGAUGGACGCUAGAUAUGAAAUCAUGCAAGCAUUGAUUCGUGGACAAUGCGUUUCUUUAAUCAGAACCAUUUUAUUUGAAAAGGAUGAUAAAAGUCCACGUGGAAUAAAAUCAAGAUUGUCAAAACAUUUACAUUUCCCUAGACUUUACGCAUGGCCUCUGGAACAAAAAGAAAGUGAUUUACAAUCGAUUACCGCUGCAAUUGCUGGAUUAUUAAACAGUGCUGCGCUGUUAUCACGACAGAUUACACGAAGAAAUGGGCUACAAUGCGAGUCUUCU